AUGGCCAAGAAAGCUUUAUUGAUUGGGAUCAACUACGUGGGAACGAAGGCAGAGCUACGAGGCUGCGUCAACGACGUCCGUAGGAUGCAUAUAAGCCUCGUCGAACGGUAUGGAUUCUCCGAGAAGAACAUCAAAAUGUUAAUUGAUACUGACAGUUCUUCGAUCAAACCGACCGGUAAGAACAUAAGACAGGCGUUGUUGGAUCUCGUUGAACCGGCUAAACCGGGUGAUGUUCUCUUCGUCCAUUACAGUGGACACGGGACUAGGUUGCCCGCCGAAACUGGAGAAGACGAUGAUACUGGUUACGAUGAGUGUAUUGUUCCUUCUGACAUGAAUCUCAUCACCGAUGAUGACUUCAGGGAUCUUGUGGACAUGGUGCCAAAGGAUUGUCCCAUUACAAUCAUCUCUGACUCCUGUCACAGUGGCGGUCUCAUAGAUGAAGCCAAAGAGCAGAUUGGAGAGAGCACGAAGAAGAAGAAUAGAGACUCUGGAGACUCUUCAACGAUCAACAAGGAGACAGAAGCAGAGAUCAAUGAAGUGGGAAGCAGAUCUCUGCCAUUGGAGACUUUCAUUGAUAUGCUGAAGCAAGAAACAGGCAACGACAAUAUCGAAGUCGGGAAGAUCAGGACAACCCUUUUCGAUAUGUUUGGAGAAGAUUCAAGCCCAAAGGUGAAGAAGUUCAUGAAUGUGAUUCUAAGCAACCUACAAGAGACUAUUGCUACUAGUCCAGGUGAGAUAUUGGGAUCAAUUGAGAAUCUAGCUCAAGAGUUUCUUGAGCAGAAGCUUAACGACGAUGUGAAACCAGCUAUCCAAGAGGUGUACGCAGGCGCUAUCAAUGGUGCAUUCCCUGAUAACGGUAUACUGAUCAGUGGUUGCCAAACUGAUCAAACUUCGGCUGACGCAAGCCCACCGGGUCACCCUGAAUUGGCUUAUGGAGCACUCACCAAUGCUAUACAGAUCAUACUUGGUGAGACUAAAGGUAAGAUUAGUAACAAAGAUCUUGUUUUGAAGGCUAGGAAGCUUCUUAAGAAACAGGGAUUUGAUCAACGACCGGGACUGUAUUGCAAUGAUGCCUACGUCAAUGCUCAGUUUAUAUGUUGAUAACACAAGUUGGGGAGGUUUGUUGUUUGCUGAUUUGGUUUCGUGUGGAAUAAAUUUUAUGAUAUUUGUGUUAUUGUGACAUUGAUUUGAAUAUUUUUUUUAAUGCCAAGU